AGGCACCAGCCAACAAUAAUUCGAGCGACCGAAACACAACGGGAAUCAAUUUGGCCUGCUCUCGCACGCAUCGAAUUCGAUAGAUUCGAUCAAUUUGUUGCAAAGGCAUCAUGGGAGUGAGAGUUGGACUUCUAUUUCUUUUGGUUUUGGGAGUUACUUGGACUUGUGAUGCUAGAACAGUGGUGACCUUCAAGCCAAAUAAAGUGGUCUAUGAUAUCUCAGGCAAUCAGAAGCAUGAAAGCAGAAUUAGAGCCUUGGAAGUUUCCCGGACUGACAGAGUGUGCACAUUAUGCGAGGAGUUUACUACAGAGGCAAUUGGUUACCUCUCUGAAAACAAAACCCAGACAGAAGUAUUGGACAUGCUUCACAAAGCAUGCUCACGAGCAUCUUCGUUCAAGGAACAGUGCUUGAUUUUGGUGGACUAUUAUGCUCCUUUGUUCUUCCUAGAAGUUUCCUCCAUACAGCCAGGAGAUUUCUGUAUGAAGGUCAAUCUCUGUGAGCAAAUUGCACUUAUUUCUCCUAAAAUACAUGAAGAUACAUGUGGAAUAUGCCAACGUGCUGUAUCAGAAGUGUUGAUCAAGUUGAAAGAUCCUGACACACAGCUGGAGAUUAUUGAGCAGCUUUUGAAGGCAUGUAAUUCCAUGAACAGCUUCACUACGAAGUGUAAGAAGAUGGUCUUUGAGUAUGGGCCCAUUAUCCUUGCCAACGCAGAGCAGUUUCUUGAAACUACAGAUGUAUGCACCAUCUUGCAGGCCUGCAAAUCACACACUGAAACAGCAAGACAAUCAUUACUGUCGGUAGGUGUACCAUUGCUGGCCGAUUCAUAAUUUAUGGCAGGAAAGUUGAAAAAACUGGGGAAUGGGAUCUGCUCCGUGCCCGGCUGUUACUAUUCUUCAACACAAGUUCAUGUAUGAUAAUCAUUAAUCAAAACGUAAAGUGAUUUGUGUUCCACUCGUGGAAAGAAUAAUAUGAUUGUGCUGUACUGUUGUAAAAUUUCAGUAUUAUUUCGAGUUAUAUGAUUCUGAAAACUGUCUUCACAACAGAAA